AUGAAUUCUUCCUCAAUAACAACAAAAAGUUCACCAGUCAAUUCUAAUCAACCAAUAUUAACAACAACAGAUGAAAAAACAAACGAAAUAAACGAAAAUGAUCAUACAUUAUGUCAUGAAACAACCAUCACAACAACAACGGAUUUUGUUAUUCAACAGCUAUCACCUAGUUCAAUACCACCAUUGACACCGCGGUCUGAUACAGCCUCGUCAUCAUUUAUUGGCGGAGGUGGUGGUGAUUCAUUCGAUUUAUCACCAAAAAGUUAUGCUGUUAUUGAAACUGGUGAUGCCACAGAAUUAGAACAAAUCAUUGAUUUAUUAAGACAAUUUUUUCCAAACACCAAAAUAUUAGAAUACAAUAAUAAUAAUCGUGGUAGUCGUGAACAAUCAUCUACACCAAAUUCAUUCGGUGGUUCACCAAGUCGUUCUUAUUUAGCUACUAAUCAGCAAACAUCCACAGAUAGUUUACGCGUACCGGAUUUACAUCAUAGAUCGUCAAAUAAUUCAUCACCAAAAUCUUCAUUUGAAAGUGACGUAUUCAAUGUUGACCGUCAUUCAAGUUUUGGCGGUUAUUCAUCGAAUCUAUCUGACUAUUCAGACAAACAAAAUCGAUCUAUUAACUCGCAGGGUUUUAAAGGAAAAGUGAAAGAUUAUUUACAACGUCGAUAUCUCGAACAGUUAGAAGAUCGUGCACAACGUAAAGAUACGUUUACUAAAUGUCGUAGUGAUGAUAUAAAUUACAGUGUAUGUCGAGAUGAACGUGAUGUAUUGUUGCAAAUAUCAUCAUCACAAAAAACUUCUACAUCUCAACAACAGCGUCAUGAACUAAGCUCGAGUCAUGCUAAUAUCAGUAGUUUUACCAAUGAGCCGACAGUAACAUUUUCACCGUUAAAUAUAAAAGCUCGUUCACUCGAUUUAACCGUUCCCAGAGAACAUUCAGUAUCCGAUUCAACUAUUCAUCCAUCCAUAAGUCGCUCAUAUAGUAAACGUCGUUUAGAACGGUUAGUACUAACUACAGUAAUUGCAUGGAUAACUGCAUCAGUUUCUGAUAUUUUGUCAUUUAGAAUGAUAACCAUCGAUAUGGAGGAUGCACCCAAUUCAAAUUCAUAUGAAAAUGGCAGAGAGUUGGCUAAAGAUAGACAAAUGUCAUCACCACCAGCUGAUUGCACAAAAAUAACAUUUAGUAUUGAUCAACAUUUUGAUCCUGUUGAACCGUCUACAGAUGAAGUAAGAGAAAAUGUAAUAACCACAAAUCCUACACCGAUAUUGUUUACAAAAUUGAGCAAUGUUCGAUCUGCUCGCAAUUUGACCGUUGACGAUGCAUUACAAAGUGACUUUCAUGAACGGACUUUUCGACAUCCCCUUCAACAUUCAUAUUCUGAACAAACAUCCAACAAACAAGGAGAACAUUCACCAGAUUGUCAACAAUUAGACCAGUCAUCUAUUCUUACAUCCUAUCGUCAUCAAUAUCCUCUGUCCCCAACUGAUACAAUGGAUCCUCGUUUGAAGCAAUUAUUACCACCCCAAACCCAUCGUAUUCAACCAUGUUCACAAAUUAAACAACAAUCGUUCGAUAGAAUUUUAACACCAAUAGUAUUUCCUCCACUACUUCGCGGACCCACGACACCAUUUUCAGCUGCUUCAGAUCCUGGGCAAUAUUCAUCACAGACAGCACCUAAUCCUUAUACGUUAGUCAGUUUUCAUUUUCCAAAAUCACAAGAGCCUAUGGCGGUCAAUGCACAAGGAUCCAUAGCACAACUUUCAAAUUUAACAAAAAUUCUUUGUGAUGAACAAAAUGUUUUCACGCCCAUAAGCCCAAGAUUCAAGAUGGAAGCUCAAGAACCAACUACCGAUCAAAUCCCACCAUGUCAAAUAUGUCGGCAACGAUUUGAUUCAAGACAAAUGUACAUCGCUCAUUAUCGGAGCCAUUUACAGAGUGCUGUUGAUGAUGAUAAAACUGCUAUAUUAGAAGGUGAUCGAGUAGAUUCACGAAGUUAUCAAUGCAAAGUUUGCUUUAAACGAUUUUCAAGAAGUGACAUGUUAAACCGACAUUUGCGCUUACAUUCUGGAAUACGACCGUACCGUUGUACAAUGUGCAACACUCAUUUCUCCAGAAGUGACCAUUUAAGUACCCAUUUGCGCACACACACAGGUGAAAAACCGUAUGCUUGUCCUGAAUGUUCCUAUGCAGCAUGUCGGCGAGAUAUGAUAACAAGACAUUUGAAAGUACACAGUAAACAACGAAAAAAUGCCACGUCAAGUAUGGGGAGUAGUCAAGAUUCUGUAGGAUCAAAUGGAUAA